AUGGCUGCGGAUCGUUCCCCCUGGCGUGUACUCGGCAAAGCACUUGGGUUUGCCAACCGCGACCAGGAGCUCUGGUGGCUCAACACGUCUCCCUUCUUCAAUAAUCUUCUCAAUCAAUGUGGCUAUGAGGUGCAUGAACAAUACCACUACCUGUGUUUCUACCAUAAACACAUUGUCCCUGUCCUGGGCUCCUUUAUCCGCCCUGGAAACUCCCCAGACCACCUCAGCUGUUUCACUCCAGAAGGUUAUCCCUUCGAAUUGAGCGUGAACUUCCAAGAAGACCGGUCUAUCCUUCGACUCGGUUGCGGACCCGUCGGUCCCUUCGCCGGCACGGAACACGACCCCCUGAACAAAUUCAUGACGCGCGAGCUGCUGGCAAAAGCUGCUCAGAUUGACCCUGCAAUCGACCUGCGGUGGUUUGAUUACUUCGAGUCCCAGUUCAUCCUGCCCACCGAGCAGGCAAGAACUGUCUCCGAGCAUGUAGUCCGCCAUGGACGGCAGACCAGCCAGCUUGCCUUUGACCUCAAGAACGGGGGUGUCGUCGCGAAGGCUUACGUCUUCGUCCUUCCCAAGUCGAUCGCAACGGGCGUGCCGACUGUCACCUUGGCCCUCAACGCCAUAGAGGGUCUGGCAGACGCGGACUUUGGAUCCAGCCUGGCUCUCCUUCGAGAGUACCUGCUACCGGGACCUGACUCCGACGCUCCUCGCUCGGAAGUCAUGCUCAUAGGGGUCGACUGCGUGGAGCCCCAAAGCUCGCGCCUCAAGCUAUACCUCGUCAACACGCACCUCUGUCUCGAGAACAUGCGUGCCUUCUGGACUCUUGGCGGUCGCCUGAGCGACUCGACCACCAUGAAAGGUUUGGAGAUUGCCGAGAACCUGUGGAAUCUGCUGGGGCUCAGCGACACCGUGUAUGAAACGGUGGACGUGGACAAGUUGCCUUUGACAUUCAACUACGAAUUGAAAGAGAAAGAGCAGGCCCCAAAGCCGCAGCUGUAUCUCCCUGUUCAAGGCAAGGGUGAUGAGUUCGUGGCGGACGCUUUGACCGAGUUUUUCAAGUUUUUGGACUGGCAGGGAUUUGCUUGUCGCUAUAAGCAGGACUUGAUCUCGAAUUUUCCUUGCCGAGACCUCAAGGGAUCGACUGCGGUUCAGCGCUGGAUUGCCUUUUCUUUCACGGAACGGACGGGUGUUUAUUUGACCAUUUACUUUCAUGCAAUUGGUGGGGAUGUAGGGCGUUUGUAG